ACCGGUAGCAGAUUAUCGUGACUGGUAACCGGUAGUAGAAUCGGUUGCUGGUUGCUGGUCAGGUCAGUGGUUCUACUGGUUUAUUGGAUUCCCAAGUUCAGGGUAUAAGAAACCGUUUCAAAUUAAAUAAUUAGAUCUUCGGGACAGACACCACAUUGCGCUUACCGCCAUUAGUGCAAUAGUUCCAGAUCCAGCUAAAUACCUCUAUUGUUAAAAAACAGAAAACAUGCCUAAGAAGUCAAAGAAGCAAGACACCUCUGACUCAGACUCUGGUCCAGAAGAUAGAGAACCAGUGAAGAAAAAAGUGAAAUCUGAUGACAGUUUCCGUACUGAAGACAAAGAACCUACGUGGGACUUGGGCAAAAACAGAUUCGUCAAGCUCUCAGAGUUUAAAGGCAAAGUCUACAUCAAUAUUAGGGAGUUUUAUAAUGCCGAUGGUGAUCUUCGCCCUGGCAAGAAAGGCAUUAUGCUUACCACUGAGCAGUGGCAGAGAUUCAAGGCAUCAGUUAAUGAAAUUGAUGAAGAGCUAAAGAAGUUGUAACUAACUAGUUUCUCUUUACUUAUGUAUUUAAAACAUUUUGUUAUUUUGCUAUAAGGUUAACAGUAUGUGUGUGUGAAUUUGUGCUGGGGUUUGGACAUUUUGUGUGUCUUCGAAGUCGUUUUUUUUUAAUUAUUCUUGAACUACCAGAAAAAUAAAAUUACUUAAAUUAA